AAUGGAUGAGAUUCUGCCGUUUGUGUGUUUGCGGCUUGGCUCGUAUGCAGGCCGGAGCUGCUUGACUGAGAGACGGAGCUGCUUGGUUGAGAGAAGAAGUGGCUUGGAACAGGUCCAAUAAGGACAUGCCUUGUCGAAAAAGCAAUCACGGAUACGGAAACUUCCAAGUUUCGGUGUGUUUCCGUCCGUUCUCCUCCCAUCAGAGUCCUCCAUCAUCAUGCUGCUUGCUCACCUCCCGUCAGAGCUGCUGGUCCUUAUCGGCCAGUUCUGCGGCCGCUCGGCGCAGAACGAGCUCACCCGAGUCAAUCACCAGUUCCACGACGUCUUCAAUCCCGUCCUCUACCGCCAAAACCGUCUCCACGAUCCUCCAGCCGAGUCUUGCAUCUUUUGGGCCGCUCGCAACGGCCGCCUGGACACGCUGAGGGUCGCAGUCGCACACGGCGCCGACAUG